GUUUAUAUCUUCACUAUAUAUUGGAACUGUGGGUCAACCUUGUUGAAUUGGUGGAAUAGAUAAAGAUUAAAGUAAUGUUUGCAGCUGCACCCACAACUGAACUAUGAUAGAUAGAACCUAACCAGGUCGGACACACGUUUCAGAACCUUUAGUUGGGCUACUUAAGACACAGUUCGAAUCGACAGCAGACACACUACUUUGGAAGUUCAACAGAGAAGCAUCAUGAGAAUCCAAUUCCUGUUUACAACGGUCUGUUUUUGCCUCUUUUGGCCCGCUUUCGCCCAGAAUGUAUCCACGGAUUUCAAGAAGCCUUCGGAAGCGGAGGCCGUCAAAGUCCUGAAGAAAAGCAACGAGGAAGUGGAAAAACUUGUCCGAAUAGCGCUUGAUGUGAACAACAAGAGCAAAAGUUUCGAGGAAAAGAUCAAAAUUUUGAGAGAUGAGAUUGAGCGCAUUGCAGAAUUGGACAAGGUUCUAAUCAAACUCGAAGAAAAGGUUGUUGACAGCUUCCAGGACACAUCCGCUGGGCUAACAAAUUUAACAGCCAUAGUCACGGCAACCCAAAACCGAAACGAGCAGGCCAUUCAAAACCUCACCAAGGUGGAACUGGAAGUGCGAAGUGCGUUGGGCAAGGUUGAUGUCAACCAGAACAAAUAUGAGCAAAACCUAAAUGAAUUGGGCACAUCUAUCAACACUCAUUUGGCCGAGAUCGAACAGAUAUUAAAGCAGGCGAUAAUCAAAGAGCUCAAUGGUUUGGAUGGUAAGGUCAAGGUGCUUCACCGGCAGCAGCGCAACAUCGACGGUCAGUUGGGGCAUUUGGAUGAGCUGAGUGGUCUGGCUGACCGAGCUAAUCUCAAGUUAAAUCAGCUGGAGUGCGGUCUCACCACGCUGAAUAGCACCCAAGCCAAGAGCCUCAACAGUAUUGAGAACACGGUUCGCGGAGUGCAAGUGGCGACCUUCCAAAUCGAUCAAAAGCUCGCCAUCCUGCUUAACAAUCAGAAGAAUAUCGACAAGACUCUGGAGCACUGCAAGCACAAACACCAGCCACACCAGAAGGCCCACGAGAUCUGGACCCAUUCUGGAUACGCACCCGACCACAAAUCGCAGCCAGAGCAAAAGCCAGGAUACCAACAGAGCAGCCAUGUUUCAGAGGAGGAAGUCGAGUACCUGUACAAGCUCUGGUACGGCAAGGGUAAUCAGUAAAGAAUAAACGAGCAAACGAAAAACCAUAGCAAAGUAUAUCUUCUAACUUUUGUUUAACCCUAUGAGUUAUUAAACAUCCGAAUAAAUUUAUAAUUCAUCUAUUUUCUAAAACGCAA